UUGAAGUUACGAUAUCCACAGGCUUUCUUGCGUAACGUAGUUGACAAUGAUGCCAUCGUAUCGUAUCCGAGCCGAGAUCAAGACGAACGACUUCCGCUUUCCAAUGUACGGUUACCUCCAGCCCCUGGAAGAGAAGUUCAGGCUGGUCAAUUUGCAGAGGUGCUUUUCUCGAUAGCCGAUAAUCAGUUGAAUGGACAAUCCGGUGAUGCUAGCGAAAGUCUUUCCGCAAACUGGAUGGUGGAAGAAAACAAGGCCGACGUUCGAUCCUCACUCAGCGAUCAGUUGGAACUAGCUGCUUGGUGGCCUUGUCGGGUUCAUAAGGUUCGCGAUGACAUGGCUGUAGUGAAGCUCCAAGUAAAUACCCCAUCGGAUGCAAGCCCAACAGAUAUCACGCGAUGCGCGCAACUUUCAGCCGUUACGGACAUUGUAAAUCGAAAUACUUUACGGCAACCUACUCACGACAUCCCCUGCAUUUCCGCGGCCAUGAUCCAUCGACAUUCUAUUGAAAUCCCAAAGGAGCUUUCCGAAUUUGCUGCUGAUACGAGCGUUCACACCGAGUUCCUUCGACACGCCGGUGGACCUGUAAGCCUAUUCUUCGACAAGGAGUCAUCCUCAUUGGUUGUGCUGAGCACUGAUGAAAGUGCGAUCCGAAAUGUCGCCCUGUUGGAGGAGACGCAUGUGAAAAUGCUUCGUCAGAAGUGGGCCAUCACACGGAGUUUGAGACAAACAAUGCGCAAUAUGGAGGUAACUAGAGGACACGAAACCUCACAUCUCAACAUGACCAGUUCGAGGAGCAGCGCUGAUUGGGACACUGAUCCAAACAUGUUUUACGAGCGUUUCUACGUUCCCCAACGCCUAAUGGGGCUGGCAAUCGGUGCUCAGGGCCAUAACAUCCGCGCAUGUCGCGAGAUGCCGGAUGUUGUAAGCAUACGACUACGUGAAACAAAUGAUGGGCGGCGUCCUGUUGAGGAUCAUGCGAAUGAAAACGGAGACUCUGCAUUAAUCAUUGUUGAAGCCAGAACAGCGGAAGCAGCAAAGCAAGCUCGUUCCAGACUGGAGUUUACUGAGCUCUAUCUGGGUGUCCCAAGACGAUAUGUGGGACGGUUGAUCGGUCGGAGGACGAACAACAUCGUUUCCAUAAUCGAGAAAUCUGGCGUGGUCCAAAUUCAUUUCGACGACCAUAUCAAAGGUCCUUCCGAGGAUGAAACGAUACCCAAUCUUGAAGGCCUUAACCUACAUCCCCCAGGGCCCACAACGCCUGUGUCUACCAGCAUGCGACGUUUGUUUCUUCGGGCCGGAGGUACCCAGGCUACUUCACAACCCCAUGCCGAAGAGGAGUACGGUGGGUUUGUCCUGUCUGGCACACGCGAUGCAGUCGAAAAAGCCCGAUUAUUGAUUAGCUUUCAACUGGAUUAUAUCUACGAUUUGGAAAAAAUGGAAGCGGAAAAGAUAGCAUUGAUACGAAAUUUGUCCCACACUUCUGACUCGGGCAGUGGAUAUCCCGGUCGCUUGGGUGCCCCCAGUGGUCCCUCCCGUGGAGUUGGUCGUGGUGGCCGCAGACCACCACGCGGUGCUCCCUUCCCAUCAUCCUAUCCACCGUAUGCUGGCACAGAUCCUACGGACACCAGUUCCAGACCCAGCCAAUACACUGAUGAGGGAGGUCCCUUGCCCUAUAGCGGCGGACGCAGGCCACCGCGUAAUGCACGAGGUGAUCAACGGCCACGACGCCAAACUGGACGAGGGGGUGCUCGUCGAAGUGGGCCAAACAACAAUUACGCUGACUGGAACGACCCAACUGGGAAUAAUGGGGAUGUAGCUGAUCGUCGCCGUGGUUCAGCAGAUUCGGAUGCCUUGAGCCAUGAAGUCGAGUCAGAUGAACGCGAAACAGUGGGGCGAUACGGUCAAGGUUCAGGGCCGGAAUGCAAACGCACUGAUGGCGGUGAGACCGCAUCUAGUUUGGCCACCGAUGAUGACAAUUUUCCCGGUGGUGAUGGCUCAUCCGCCGGGGAGGGUUGUCCUCACCCCAACGAACCCGCUCGUGGACGUGGCCCAAGCAGAGGUUCAUACAAACGUAUGGGCGUUUCCGAUGGCUCCAGUCGGGCUCCUCGAAAUGCUCGCUCUCAGAGAAACCGACAGUGGGCCGGUCAGAACGGAGAGAACGGUCCAAUGAGCAUCCGAACUCCACAAAUGCAGUCUAGCAACAAUUCAAUGAGACACACACCCAGUGCAGCCGCUCGACAACCCGCACAGGUUUAAUCGAACUGCAUCCGAUUUAGUAGUUUCACCAUGUCGUCUACCGCCUACACAGUACUGACUAUUGUACUUUUGUUGCCACUUCCUUCCCUCUCUAGAAGAGGGUCGGAUUCUCGCUAUCUAUAUGUCAUCGCAUCCAUUCGUCGCCCGUCGGGCAGACACACUGAAGCACGCUGUCCCAUUGUUUAAACUGGCUUUCAUCUAUUACGCUUCUUGUUGGUUCCCGCAUUCAUCCUGUCACAACACACUACCGUUAAGACUAUUCCUCUGUCUCUAUCUCCCAUACACUUUCCAACAUCUCCUUAUCCGUGGCUCACCUAGCCGAUGAUGACCAAUCAUCCGUCCAUCAGGUACUCAUUAGUGCGCAUUGACUCCCACACGCACCGUGCUACCAUCUCUCCUUGUCAGGUAUUUCUGGCUAUCUUGCCUUCCUGAGUCCUUGUUCUGACAACGAUGCACUAGUCUGGUCAGUUGCCGAAAUUUGUGAUCUACCGCGCACCGUGUAUGUAGGCUGAUGAACGCGCGACCGCUACUUUUGUCGCCGCCAUUGCCUAGUUGCUAUUCUUUUGGCCGUAAUUUUGAUCAUUCGCAUACUACAACGAUAAAGAAAACUCUAGGCUUUUCGAUCAUUCCCAUAAACAUCAUCCAACCCGCAGCUGCGUGCUGUUCGUCCAUUUCCUCCCCACGUCAUCAGCAUUUUUCUAUCCUUUUCACCUGUCUUGUCCUCCAUCUCUAGUUUGUUCAGACCGUGAAGUACACCUACCCGUUCGCGCCCACCCGUACUCUUCUCAUAUUCCUGUGCCUUUAGUAUUCACGAUCCAUCAGUGGUGUCGCAGUUUGGAUGCUCAACACACAUGCACUUUGAUUGUAUGACCUCUGGUCGUCCUCUUUUUUCAUGGAGGGUUUAGGCUACAUUCUCUCGUUUCCUUACUUUCUACCCUUCAACAUCAACUAGCCGGUUCAUAUCCCCACUCUCCAUAUACUGCUCCGGUGUGUCUUUUGACGUUUUCCCCUCCUGUCUUCCAUCUACUGCUCCCAAACUGGUCUUGCCUUCAUGUCGCUUACUCCUGCUGCUGCUCUAGGCGCGUGUUCUCUUCCCGGCUUCGUUCAUAAUACAGAUCUCAGAGGCUCGUUCCGAGCUAAAGUCUGUGUAUUACCACCACCAUUGGUGCGUGUUGUUCUUCUAAUAGCGGUCCCGUUUGGGCUAUUCAUCAAUAAACUUCGAUUCCGG